CUCCCUCGGAUCCAGUGACCCGGGUUCCCCGGGCUCCUUCAGCCUCAUCCCGGGUGGGCGCCGGGCGGCCGGCGCCGGGCGGCGGGUCCCGGGACUCCCCCCCCCCCCCCCCCCCCAUGGCCGCCUCCCCUUCCCAUCUCGCCGGGCUCCCAGGCUCUCCCGGGCCGGGGUCUCCUCCGCCCCCCGGCGGCUUGGAGUUGCAGUCGCCACCACCGCAACUGGCCCAGGUCCCAGCUCCGAGCUCCGGGGUCUCCUUCCACAUCCAGAUCGGGCUGACCCGCGAGUUUGUGCUGCUGCCCACCGCCUCUGAGCUGGCCCAUGUGAAGCAGCUGGCUUGCUCCAUCGUGGACCAGAAGUUCCCCGAGUGUGGCUUCUACGGUCUUUACGACAAGAUCCUUCUCUUCAAACAUGACCCCACGUCGGCCAACCUCUUGCAGCUGGUGCGCUCGGUGGGAGACAUCCAGGAGGGCGACCUGGUGGAGGUGGUCCUGUCGGCUUCGGCCACCUUCGAGGACUUCCAGAUCCGCCCGCACGCCCUCACGGUGCACUCCUACCGAGCGCCGGCCUUCUGUGAUCACUGCGGGGAGAUGCUCUUCGGCUUAGUGCGCCAAGGCCUCAAGUGUGAUGGCUGCGGACUGAACUACCACAAGCGCUGUGCCUUCAGCAUCCCCAACAACUGCAGUGGUGCCCGCAAGAGGCGCCUGUCGUCCACGUCUCUGGCCAGUGGCCAUUCUGUGCGCCUCAGCACCUCCGAGUCCCUGCCCUGCAUGGCUGAUGAGCUGAGCCGUAGUACCACCGAGCUCCUGCCUCGCCGCCCCCCGUCAUCCUCCUCCUCAUCUUCGGCCUCCUCCUACACGGGCCGCCCGAUCGAGCUGGACAAGAUGCUGCUCUCCAAGGUGAAGGUCCCGCACACGUUCCUCAUCCACAGCUACACGCGGCCCACCGUCUGCCAGGCUUGCAAGAAACUCCUCAAGGGUCUCUUUCGCCAGGGCCUGCAGUGCAAAGACUGCAAGUUUAACUGUCACAAGCGCUGUGCCACCCGCGUCCCUAACGACUGUUUAGGGGAAGCACUCAUCAAUGGAGAUGUGCCGAUGGAGGAGGCCACCGAUUUCAGCGAGGCUGACAAGAGCUCCCUCACGGAUGAGUCUGACGACUCCGGGGUCAUCCCGGGCUCCCACGCGGAAAACGCCCUCCACGCCAGUGAGGAGGAGGAAGGCGAGGGAGGCAAGGCCGAGAGCUCCUUGGGGUACAUCCCCCUAAUGAGGGUGGUGCAGUCGGUGCGACACACGACGCGGAAAUCUAGCACCACCCUGCGCGAGGGUUGGGUGGUUCAUUACAGCAACAAGGACACGCUGAGGAAGCGGCACUAUUGGCGCCUGGACUGCAAGUGCGUCACGCUCUUCCAGAACAACACGACCAACAGAUACUACAAGGAAAUUCCAUUGUCAGAAAUCCUCACCGUGGAGCCUGCCCAGAACUUCAGCCUUGUGCCACCAGGCACCAACCCCCACUGCUUCGAGAUCGUCACUGCCAAUGUCACCUACUUUGUGGGCGAGACGCCUGGCAGGGCCCCAGGGGGGCCUAGUGGGCAGGGGGCUGAGGCUGCCCGGGGCUGGGAAACGGCCAUCCGUCAGGCUCUGAUGCCAGUCAUACUCCAGGACGCACCCAGCGCCCCAGGCCACAAACCCCACAGACAAGCUUCUCUGAGCAUCUCCGUGUCUAACAGCCAGAUCCAAGAGAACGUGGACAUCGCCACUGUCUAUCAGAUCUUCCCGGAUGAGGUGCUGGGCUCCGGGCAGUUUGGAGUGGUCUAUGGAGGAAAGCACCGGAAGACAGGCCGGGACGUGGCAGUCAAGGUCAUUGACAAACUGCGUUUCCCCACCAAGCAGGAGAGCCAGCUCCGGAACGAAGUGGCCAUUCUGCAGAGUCUGCGGCACCCCGGGAUCGUGAACCUGGACUGCAUGUUUGAGACACCUGAGAAGGUGUUUGUGGUGAUGGAGAAGCUUCACGGGGACAUGCUGGAGAUGAUCCUCUCCAGUGAGAAGGGCCGGCUGCCCGAGCGCCUCACCAAGUUCCUCAUUACACAGAUCCUGGUGGCUCUGAGACACCUUCACUUCAAGAACAUCGUCCACUGUGACUUGAAACCGGAAAACGUGUUGUUGGCAUCAGCCGACCCCUUUCCUCAGGUGAAGCUGUGUGACUUCGGCUUCGCGCGCAUCAUCGGCGAGAAGUCGUUCCGGCGCUCGGUGGUGGGCACCCCUGCCUACCUGGCGCCCGAGGUGCUGCUCAACCAGGGCUACAACCGCUCGCUGGACAUGUGGUCGGUGGGCGUGAUCAUGUACGUCAGCCUCAGUGGCACGUUCCCCUUCAACGAGGACGAGGACAUCAAAGACCAGAUCCAGAACGCCGCCUUCAUGUACCCAGCCUGCCCCUGGAGCCGCAUCUCCUCCGGAGCCAUUGACCUCAUCAACAACCUGCUGCAGGUGAAGAUGCGCAAGCGCUACAGCGUGGACAAGUCUCUCAGCCACCCCUGGUUACAGGAGUACCAGACGUGGCUGGACCUCCGAGAGCUGGAGGGGAAGAUGGGCGAGCGGUACAUCACGCACGAGAGUGACGACGCGCGCUGGGAGCAGUUCGUGGCAGAGCACCCUCUGCCCGGGCCCGGGCUGCCCCCCGAUGGGGACUUCGGUGGGGACUUCGGUGGGGCCCUCCCGCCGCAGGACCGCGAGAUGCAGGGGCUGGCCGAGCGCAUCAGCAUCCUCUGAGGCGUUGUGCUCCCACCUUGGCUGCCCCAUGAUGCUGUCCCCUGGUCCCCGGAGAGCGCCCCUCCGCACCGUCUCAGCGAGGAACUGUUCUAAACAGAAGCGCUUCCUGCCCAAGAUGGAUGGGACACACCCCAGGAGAGGAGCAGGGCGGGGGCCCGUGGCGGGUCAGGGAUAGUUAUUUCCAACCUGAAUUCCCCAGCAAUUAAAACGAACUCAUCUGUGGCCCCAUGGCCUUGGUCUCUGGCCACAC